AUGUCAUCGACACUUUUGCCAUUCUUGUACCAAACAAGGACUCUGCAGAGAGCCAUCUGCGUACAACCCGUGACGCAGUUCAUCCGCCUUGCUCACGCACCUGCAAGGCCCAAGUCCCGGAGACGAGACAACUUUAUCCCUUUCGAGUGGGACCAUGACACACCCUAUGAAGAAAUAGCGAAUGUGCCUGGCCAGCAAUCGACGAUAACGCCGUCGGAAGCGGAGAUUUUCAAGGGCAUAUUUGAUGACAUUGCCCAAGGGAAAAUGCCCGUGGCCAAGAACCGGCCCACUCCAUCGGAAGGCAUGCAGAUCCAGAGCGAAAAUUCUCAAGAGUCAAAACCCGGCAUGGCACGGUCCAUAGUUGAGCAGGCGCGUGUGAUGGAGUUUCGGGAGAAAUUUCUUGGACGAUAUCCGCCGUCAUUAAGAAACGCUGCCCAAAUCGCACUAGGGUUGUAUGAGUUGGAGCCAAGUGAUUCUUCAGCCAGUGAGAUGGUGGAGCUGGAAGAGGCAGAUCAAGCCAAGUGGGAAGAGCGUGCAAGAUACGAACGCGCGCGAGUCGAGGAGCGCGAGAGGGUUGAUGGCUUGAUGAAGGCUUGCACGACGGACGGUGAGCUGUGGGCCGUCAUGGAGAAGGAAGUUUUCUCACUGCCAGCGAAGCUGGGCAUUUGGCAGCGCAAAGCAGUCAGGGCCAAAAACAAAAAAGUCAAGGAUACAAAGAAAUCAGCUACAAACACAGACGGGGGGGAGACAAUGGAAUCAACGAGAACCGCAGACAGCAAGCAGACAGCGGAAGCAGCCAAGAAAACAAAGCGCAAGGCUAAAGGGGAAGCAGCCGGAAACACAGAGCCCAAGGCUAGAGAAGAAUCGACCAGGAACACAAAGGCCAAGGGCCCCGAGAAAUCUGCAGCUGCCGGAAAGCCUGCAACGCAGGCCGCUGCCGACGAAGAAAAGCGUGUAAUGGACGUCCACGGCCCUCUAUACCCGUACUUUAUCAACACAGCCAUGGGCCUCUUCGACUGUGCAUUCGCUCGACCAUCCGACUACGCGUUCCAGAUCCUGCCUCGUGUCAAAGAUCUCGGUCUACCAUCUUACGUGCUGGGCGUGUCUACGCCAUUCUACACCCGGCUCGCCCGCAUGCACUGGAAUCGAUUUGGCGAUGCCAGCUCUGCGCUAGACGUACUCCAGGAGAUGAAUUCCGCAGGACUAUACGCGGACAAAGAUGUUUACGACCUCUUAAUUACCAUUCGUGACCACUUGCAUGGAUGUACAUGGGGUGCGCAAGGGCCGUUUGUCAUGGGCAUGAUGGAGGCGCCACCGUAUGAUGGCAUGUUGACACAGCGAUUAGAGGAAAUGGAGAGGUACGCGGUGCAGUCGAUGAGUCCAACGGGUGAGCAGGUCGAGUUUGCAGCCUAG